UGGAAAUUAACGGAGCGCUGUUGCUCCAAUAUGUCUAAACUAACUAGUUACCCCUUUUUACCACCUAGUGAUUAAAGUCGGGUUUAAAUAUUUGUUUUCACAAUCCUCUUCGUUCGUCUUGGAAUGACAAUCCAGUCUCAUUUCUCUCUGAUACGCGAAACGAUUCAUUGCUUGAAGAUAAUGUCCUCAGAAAUUUUAACAUGUCAAUGCGUCCUCUCACUCACCGUUUUUCUGGGAUUCAUGAUCCACCACAUGCUCCGAGUCAACAUUUCAAUCGCAAUAGUUGAAAUGGUCUUCAGGAAUAAUUCCAACGUCACUCAAGAAGACCACGGUCCUCGCUACUACUGGAACGAGGAGCAAAAGAACGAUGUUUUGGGCUACUUCUUCUGGGGUUACAUCAUAACCCAAAUUCCCGGAGGGCGACUUUCAGAGAAACUAGGAACCAAGAUUGUGGUAGGAAUUGGUCUUCUGAGUGCCAGCAUUUUGACCCUGCUCACACCCGUAGCAGCCCAUAUGGGCUACCUUUGGCUCGUCGUGGCUAGAUUUUGUCUGGGUGUGUCCUUAGGCAUAUACUGGCCUUCCACGCCUCCCAUGGCCGCGAAAUGGAUACCACCAGCUGACAUUGCAACUUUUAUGUCCCAUAUGGUAGCUAGUUCUUUGGGAGUCGCCGUCACGUUGCCGGUUUGUGGGUACCUGAUAGCUUACUGGGGCUGGGCUAGCGUUUUCUACGUCACGGGAAGCAUAGCUCUGACUUGGUCCCUGUGUUGGUUCUACUUGAUUUACGACUCACCUGAAGAACAUCCACGGAUAAGCACCACCGAGAAGGAAAAACUUCGACUCGAGAUAAAACCUGUCAACACGUCACUGAAGAAACCUCCGAUUCCUUGGAUGAAAAUGUUGACUUCGGGACCUGUGUGGUCGGUAAUAGUGGGUAACACUUGUGCUGGGUGCACUCUAUUCGUGGCUUUCAAUCAACUUCCGACCUACAUGGGUUACGUGCUCCAUUUCAACAUCAAAGCGAACGGAUGGUUUUCCAGUUUACCCUACUUAGCCAGAUACUUAGUGUCACUAGCGUCCUGCAUAAUCGCCGACAAACUCAAAAAAAGCGGAAAAUUCUCAACCACGACUAUUCGAAAAUUUUUCAAUGGUUUGUUCUUCGUGGGUGCUGGAUGCCUCUUCACGGUGCAAGCAUUGUGGGGCUACAGCGGAAUAGUGUCCAUUAUGGUGUUUACAGGAUCUUUGGGUUUGAUGGGUUGCGUUACAGCAGGAGUUUUUACCAAUCCUGUGGAUAUAUCGCGUGCUUUCUCGGGGACGAUUCUUGGUGUGAGUCAAGUGCCUGCCGCUUUGGUGGGUUAUGGUACUACUGAAGUUGUGGCUUUCUUUACUAAAGAGGAACAAGGGUUCGAGCAGUGGGCUUCCGUUUUCUGGAUUCUGGUCGGAGUGAAUGCUUUUGCGGCGGUGUUUUCUUUUAUUUUUACUUCUGGGGAGGAACAGAGCUGGAGUGUGAGUGCGGACGUGAGGGAAAUGGAGCAACUAGAAAGUAGAGACAACGUAAAAAAAUAAACGAUUGGAAUUA